UCUGAAUACGCUUUAUCCUUAGCGCGAGUACAGCUGGAAUAGUGAACCAUAACCUAGAAUUAUACAAUUGCAGAACAUACACAAUACAAAAUGUCCAACAACACUAGGAGACAAGCAGUCCCCUCCGACACCGCACUCUCUACGGGAGCAAUAGCCGGAAUCGCCAUCGGCGGCGCCGCACUCCUUUUCUUCGUCGUCGCAGGCAUCCUCGUCAAGCUGGCGCGACGAACAACACGACGUCGCACAUCGAACUCCGCCUUCGGCAACACGGUCGAAUCCGGUAUCAUAGACGUGCCUGGCCCCAACCGUCUGCGUAAGAGGAGCAUUAUCGGCCAGGUCACCAAGUACGACAAAGACGACACCAACGAGGAUGACAUCCUACCCGAGGAGAGCAGCCGGUCCAGCUUCACCAUGGUUUCGCCAACGAGGACCCGUCAGGGCAGCCUGAGCUUGAUCGGGGACGAGAGCAGGAACGGGAGCAGACGUGGCAGCGUGGAUACGUCGAAGAGCCAGAACCCGAGCCAGAUCACGGUGAGCAAGUCGCGGGACCCGGAGAAGCAGCGCGGGUAUGGGGUGUACACGCACCGGCGCAAGACGUCGUGGAUCGACGAGGACGCGCUCCACGGGCCGACAAUCACGUCGCCUAAGCGGACGAAGCAGAGGCACAGGCGAAUGGCGAGCUGGUUCGACGGCGGUCUUAGCCGUUCCCUGAGUCGGCUCUCGAUGAGAAGCGGGAUGGGCGAUAUUAGCCCCACGCUUCCUAGCACUGAGACGCCUCCGGGGGCGCCGAGUGUAGGACAGCAGUACGAGACGCCUGUUGAGAGUCCUGCCGAGCAGGGCAUUAGGGAAACCCAGCAGGGAGCUCGUUAUUCUUACACGACGACCCCGAGUCCAAAUCGUCAGCAGCAGCAACAGCAACAGAUGUAUCCCAGCCCCCAAAGAUCAUACGGCCCCGUCAACCUGGUCAGUCCUGGAUCCGGGUCUAGCAACCCGGCUCAAUCCCCACCGGAUAUUACCCAUAACCCACGUUACAGAAACAGAGUCUCGUUCCAAGCUGCACAGCAGUUAGCUGGCACAUCACGUCUGCCCGCCCCGAUUAAUGCCCAGCAAGGGCAGGGGCAGAUGCGAGGGCGGCCGAUAUUAAACCACAGCGCCACAGACACGGGAUUGACGGAGAUACUGCGUAUGACCGCCGAAAGGCUCCAGGACGGACACAGGAGUGAGAGACGGAAAACGCUGAUGACACCAUACAUGCCAUACACACCAUAUUCCACCGGACGACCCAUGAACGGUCAAUAUUAUUACGAUGGAAAACCGAUAGACUAUAACCACGACCCCAUAAACAGCGGGGACGUAAGUCCGGUGAAAAGCCACAAGAGCGCGCCGGCAACGAUGUCGUACGCAGAAUUAGAAGGCUGCACCCCCACAAGCCAAUCCCCUCAGCGGCAAGUACAGACGCCAAAACACUCGCGACAGCCAUCCCACAACCCGCGGAUGUCGCAACAAUCGAUGAUAUCCGAGCCAGACAGCCUUGUCGCUCCUCGACGGGAAUCGCUCAGCGAAGUACGGACCGCGCUGUCCAGCCCGAGCCGCUUGACUAGGUCAAACGAACCAUCCCCCAGCCCUCAAGGACAGAAGCAACAACCCCGACCAUUUUCCAACGGAAGUUCCAUGUCGUCCGCCCUAUCAACGCUGUACAGCAUGGAAGAGGCAUCGAUCCGCAGCCCGCCUGCAGCAGACCUAGUUUUCGGAAGCAGUCCAGCACACACGCCUCGACGGACGCCAGAUAAAGUGCUCUCCGCAUUCGGCAUGUUGAAGACGAACCGCAAUUCAGGAGUAACAGAGGCAGCAAAGAGCCCAACACGCAAGUUUGACGACGACGACAUCCCACCGCCACUACGCAUCCGCCGAGGAACCCUCGGCGGGACAGUCGUCCCGAACAACACGCCCGCAUCCCGGCCCUCCUCGCGGCAAAACGGGCGCUCCGUCGAUCUAUCCAAGAGCAGAUCAUCGUUCAUGGUACAGACAUCAAACGAAAAAGAAGACCCAUUCACGGCAGAGGCAACGCCGCGGAACCCCGCCCGCCUAUCAAAAGUAUUCUCUCCCCUCCCCGUAGACUUCCCGCGGAGAAAGUCCGACUCGAAGCACUCCCCCGGGACGCGGACCUCGUCGCAAGAAAGCCAGUUCGACAAAACCCCCACCCCAUCACCAGUGCGCAGAACCGCGAUGCCAUCACCGCGAUCCAUCCUCAACUCCCCCAGCAACCCCAAGCGCGCGCCCAGCCCGGCCAUAUCCGAAGCCGGUCUAUCGUCCGUGUACGACAGCUACACGUACACACACGGGGACUCGCAACUCGACGGAACCGACGAGCGAACGCCGCGAAUCUCCGGGUCCCCACAAUUCGCAAGCCAGCGGGGCUCGACAUCCGGGCGCGAAUCGCGCGUCACCUUCCGGAUGCCGAGCUACGAAGAAAGCGCAAUUUCGCAGAUCCGGCCACACCCGAGUCCGAAAGCGAAGCAAACGCCCGUGAUUGUCGUGCCACCUCCGGGGUCGCCGCUGAAGCCGCGGCGCAGCAUGCCGUCGGAUGGGUCGGUGUAUUCGCAGGACGAGGACCGGGUGCCGCCGAUGCGGUCGCUGACUGUGCGGCGGGGGAAGAGCGUGAGGAUGUCGACGACGAUUACGGAGUUGAGGCGGAUGAAUAGCCAGGUUAGCAUUAUGAGUGACCAGAGCACGGCUAGUGCUACGGUGCCGCUUAUGCGGGGCGGUGGGUUUAGUCCCGGGCGCCAGAGCGGUGGGGGGAAGAAUUAUCUCGCGCUUGGGGGUGCGUUGAGUGGUGAUUCGUCGAACGGGGGUGUGAGUAGGAGUGUGAGCGGGAGUGGAAGUAUAAGUGGGAAUGUGAGAGCGAGCAUUCAUGAGAUAGGUGCACGGGAUGGUUCGUUGCGUAGGGGAAGUGUCUCCAGAGCGCGGAGAGGAACGGUGGUGUUGCAGGGGAUUGACGCUAUGAAGCGUGGUAGUGUGAAUGGAGGGAGCCCUACAAAAUACGCUGAACGGCUCCGAACUCACGCCACCAAGUUAAGGCGCCAAGAGACGACGAUUAAGCGAGAGAGCGUUGAAAGCCUGUACGAUAGAGAGGGUUUCCUGAAGGAUUAGUCAGGACACGACUCUCAGUAUCGUCACCACUUGGCACUUUUAAGAGAAGGAGGGAUGUAUUUUUUCUUUCUUUUGUUAUGUAAACAGCUUGCUGAUACCUUUGACCUUCGGUACAUAUUUGUUAUUAACUUCGCCUGUCUUGGGCAUUCUGAUAUAAUUUUUCAGGCGUACGGAGGAGUUUAUUGCCUUAGGGUCUCGUGUACAACAUUGGGAGAUCGAAUUACUUGGUUAUUUGGGGUGUUGGUCAAAUUUAUUAAUCCAGCUUCCUCGGGUAUUUAACAUCGG